AUGAGGACAGUGAGUAGAAGGGAAGACUUUGGAUACAGGCGACUCUUGUUCAAGAAACCAUCCCUGAAGCUCAUUGCUCGUGAAAGUGAGCAGAGCAAACAGAAGCAAGUAGAAAUACUUAGUCUACAAAGUAUUUUAGAUGACUUUGUCUUUCCUAAUUUUUUUGUUAUUAGCUCUUUAGCUGCACAAAUUGAAGUGAUACCAUGCAAAAUUUGUGGUGAUAAGUCCUCCGGGAUCCACUACGGAGUCAUCACGUGUGAAGGCUGCAAGGGAUUCUUUAGGAGGAGCCAGCAGAACAAUGCCUCUUACUCCUGCCCAAGGCAGAGAAACUGUUUAAUUGACAGAACCAACAGAAACCGUUGCCAACACUGCCGACUGCAGAAGUGUCUUGCCCUAGGAAUGUCAAGAGAUGCUGUGAAGUUCGGAAGGAUGUCCAAGAAGCAAAGGGACAGCCUGUAUGCCGAGGUGCAGAAGCACCAGCAGCGGCUGCAGGAACAGCGGCAGCAGCAGAGCGGGGAGGCGGAAGCCCUUGCCAGGGUGUAUAGCAGCAGCCUCAGCAACGGCCUGAGCAGCCUCAGCAAUGAGACCAGUGGCACUUAUGCCAACGGGCACGUCAUUGACCUGCCCAAGUCCGAGGGCUACUACAGCGUGGAUUCCGGCCAGCCAUCCCCUGAUCAGUCAGGACUUGACAUGACUGGAAUCAAACAGAUAAAGCAAGAACCUAUCUAUGACCUCACAUCCGUACCCAACUUGUUUACCUAUAGCUCUUUCAACAACGGGCAGUUAGCACCAGGGAUAACGAUGACUGAAAUCGAUCGAAUUGCACAGAACAUCAUUAAGUCCCAUUUGGAGACAUGUCAAUACACCAUGGAAGAGCUGCACCAGCUGGCGUGGCAGACCCACACCUAUGAAGAGAUCAAAGCUUAUCAAAGCAAGUCCAGGGAGGCACUGUGGCAGCAAUGUGCCAUCCAGAUCACGCAUGCCAUCCAAUAUGUGGUAGAGUUUGCAAAGCGGAUAACAGGCUUCAUGGAGCUCUGUCAGAAUGAUCAAAUUCUACUUCUGAAAUCAGGUUGCUUGGAAGUGGUUUUAGUGAGAAUGUGCCGUGCCUUCAACCCAUUAAACAACACUGUUCUGUUUGAAGGAAAAUAUGGAGGAAUGCAGAUGUUCAAAGCCUUAGGUUCUGAUGACCUAGUGAAUGAAGCAUUUGACUUUGCAAAGAAUUUGUGCUCCUUGCAGCUGACCGAGGAGGAGAUUGCUUUGUUCUCAUCUGCUGUUCUGAUAUCUCCAGACCGAGCCUGGCUGAUAGAACCAAGGAAGGUCCAGAAGCUUCAGGAAAAAAUCUAUUUUGCACUUCAACAUGUGAUUCAGAAGAAUCACCUGGAUGAUGAGACCUUGGCAAAGUUAAUAGCCAAGAUACCAACCAUCACAGCAGUUUGCAACUUGCACGGGGAGAAGCUGCAGGUAUUUAAGCAAUCUCACCCAGACAUAGUGAAUACACUGUUUCCUCCAUUAUACAAGGAGCUCUUUAAUCCUGACUGUGCCACCGUCUGCAAAUGA